UUGUUUUGAGAAUUAUACAGUGAUCCCUGAUGUAACAGCCACCCGCAAAAAAGGUCAACCAAUUCUGAGCAGUGCCUCGGCGCUCGUCGCAACUGAAAUUUUGUUUAUAUUUGAAGCAAAUCUGAGUUAUAGGUUAUCGUGGUAUCUAGUAUGUUUUUUAUUUGUGUUGAUAAUGGUCUGACCGGCAUUUAACUUGAGCCCAGCAAUGUUAAACUAGAAACAAUGGCCAAGGAGAACGUUUUAAAUGCAACCGGGGAUAAUGGGAAGUUUGGCGAACCAAUUAGUAAGGAAGUGCACGAAAAGAGCAAGAAUGUCAGCGAAGAAGCAGUUGAAUCUAGCCGAUGCACGAUCGAUCCAGUUCUCCUCAGACUGAAAAUAUUUUUCUUCUUAUUCUUCGCUGGUUUUGGUACGACAUUCCCAUAUCUUGGAAUCUAUUUUAAACAGAUUGGGCUCAGUGCUGGAUCCGUAGGAGUCUUAGCAGGAGUGAGGCCAUUAAUCCAGUGCGUCGGUGGACCAUUAUGGGCAAUGUUAGCAGACAGAUACAAUGCAAGGAAAGCUGUUUUAUUGUUUUCCAUAAUGGCUUGGCUUGUAAUGACAGUUCUCCUCGCAUUUCCACGUCCGCGUUAUGAGGUUUGUAAAAUAGUAAACACCACAGAGACAAAAAUAUUUAACAAAACUUUAGUUCAAAAGAAAGACACUGUGCCGUCAAUAGGAUUCCACGAUCACAUGUCGGAGUUCUUGCCAUUUCCACAUUGUUUUCCUUCCUGUGCUGACAAGCCUUUACAUCGAUUUGGAAGAUCGUCAGAUGAAAUUCCAGGAAGAUCAUCUCUUAAAGACAACAAAGAAAUAGUUGUACAUAAUUUUUUCGUGCAAAAUUUUUUUAAUAAUACCAAACCCUAUAAUGAUGAUUUAACACAGACAAAAAGAACUUCUAACAAAACUAAAAAAAAUUCUUCUAAAUUAGAGCAUAAAGAAAAACCACACGCGAACGCUGUGAAAUAUGUCAUAGAAAGAAACCAAAAGGAGAUACAUGACAUUUUCGUUAUUCUGUUGAUACUGAUCGUUGUAGGGGAGUUUCUAGAGGCUCCUUCGUUUAUCAUGGUAGACACUGCUUUGCUGGAAUACCUUGGAGAGGAGCGGUCACGUUAUGGACGAACCCGUCUGUUUGGCAGCUUAGGAUACGGUGUGGCAUCGUUUGGUAUUGGUGCCGUGCUAGAUCGCAUGCAUUAUCAGUACUGCGGAAAGACGAUGAUUAAUUACACAGUACUGUUUUACAUCUUUGCUGGGUUCAUGGUUGUUGGGUUCUUUUUUGCUAUGUUUGGGGUAAAGUUCAGCUACACAAAAAAGGUAGAUUCUGGCAAUGAAUCCCAAGCCACGAUUAUGUCUGUCUUAAAGUUGUUCUGUACAUUGCGUCAAGGAUCGUUCCUGUUAAUUGCCUGGUUCAUGGGCUUCAGUCAUGGCGGGAUAAUGAACUUUUUGAACUGGUACCUCGAGGAUCUUGGUGCAAGUAGGUUUAUGAUGGGCAUUGGUACCUCUUGUAGGGCGACAGCUGUCAUUAUUGGCUUUAUGAUUUCAAACUACGUUAUCGACAGGCUUGGUCAUUACAAUAUGAUUCUAUUUUCCUUGGUUGCAUAUACCCUAAGCUUCUUUGGGUAUUCUGUCAUUACAAACCCCUGGUAUGCGCUGCCUAUUGAAGUGGCACAAGGCACAUGCUACUCCAUGUCUUGGUCAGCCUGCAUCACCUAUCUAGGUGCCGCUGCUCCACCGAAUUCGGCAGCUACCGUGCAAGGUGUAUUACAAGGCGUCUACUGGGGACUUGGAACAGGACUUGGUGCAUUUGCUGGAGGAGCUAUGAUAAACAAAUUUGGAGCAGUCAAAUCGUUCAGGAUUGGGGGCGUGGUGACAGCCAUUGUUGUCUUCAUCUUUUUGUUGAUCAAUUAUGCGGUCAAUAGAGACGAUCAAAAGACUGUGAAAAAGGAUGUAGAAAAGAAACUAAAAAGCAUCGGCAAAAAUGAAAAACAGUGCGAUUAGUUUCAUAGAAAGGAGCAGCUGAGCAGUUUGCCGAGCAGCUGAGCUGUUUGUUGAUAUUGGAAUUUCUAAUAGCGUUUAGCUCUGCUUACACAUGGGUGUUGCCUAAAAGAGUGAAUUUGAGAAAUCAAUCACUACAGUCUGAAACCAAGGAAUUAAAUAUGCUCCAGAUAAUAGUUGCAUAUACGUAGCUUCUAGCUUGAAGUUCCCAGUUGCGGGAUAAUUGCUCCGAAAAGGAGAUUUAUGUUAGGAUAAUUGCUCCAAAAAGGAGAUUUAUGUUAGGGUAACUGCUCCGGAAAGGAGGCUUCUCACUAGUUUCAUGACAUGAAGCGACACGAGGGCAGAGAGUUUCUGCGAUAGGCUAAUUCCUGCACGCAGGCCCAUAAACACCGGGUUCUUCGUAUUACAAAAAUCUCAAAAAUCAUUUGAACUAGUAGAAAGAUUUGAGCUUAGUCAGGAAAUGGAAUUGGCUUAUUGUCAGUUGGAAAUUUGUCUCCUUCACCCUUCAAAAAAUAUCCAUCAGUUUAAACACUUAGAAUAAUUCAGUAACCUGAACCCUUGACAGCGAAGAUUGAGAUUUGGCUCCCCUUCCCUAGUGCAAUUUUUAUUCCUCUGCUAAAAGAUACCCUCCUACAGCUUUGAAUUUGAAAGGGUGGAGAGAAUAAGGUUGAAUCAGGCAUACAUGCUACCUGGCAUGUUUUAGGUAUUGGUUUACAAACAUGUGUUGAGGCCAGGGUUGUAGCUUUUUAAAAUUGGGUGCCAGCCUUCAUUCUUCUGGUGAACAGUGAGUGACAGCCUGCAUGUGAGUGACGAAGGCAUGCAUUCUCAAACCCUAAUUGGCUGGUUACUCAAAAGGCCUCUUUUUAAGCCUAUUGACACCUUUAUCGCGGUUUGUCAACAAAACUACUGGCUAAGAAGAUCCUAACAGUAAACAAUGUGUUGUUAAUUGUUGAGUGAAAGGUUCGCUAAACAUUGUCUGCAAUAGCUUGCAAAUAGAUGAUAAUAAGAUAAUGCUUCUAUGUUUACAUUUAGAAUGAGGUAUUGAGAAAUAGAAUUAACUUUGGCUUCAAAGGAGCUUCUUUUGGAAGUAAAAUCCAACACAGUACAAAUGAAAAUUUUGUAUUAUUAUUAAUUUUGUGUCAAUUUUGGAUUAGAAUUUUCAUUUUUAGGCAAAUUUUUUAGCUUAUAAAAGUUUUUUAAAUGUUUCAUGUUUAUUUUUAUUGAUCUGUCUUGUUGAUAGUAGUUUAAAACUGAGCUUAGAAUAUUUUAAAUUAAAUUGAAUAUUAUGCUUGAUAUUAUGAAGACAAAACUAGUAUUAAGAACUGUUUCUAAAUUAAUUCACAUUUAUUUAAUGACACCAACAAAAUUAAACAUAAGGAUGGUUCCUGAAAGAAAUGAAUUGUUUAUCAGGCAGAUAAUAGAUUUUGGGAAUUUGGUAAAAGUAGUUCUUACAUCCCUCUUAAUUCUGAUGUCAGUUCCCAUAAUAACAUAGCCUAAGCCUUGCACCAGAGUAAACUGCAACUUCUCACAAGCCUAGUAUUUAGUUUUAGUAAGCCAAUCAUUUUCUAAACAUCCAGUAUUGGUAUGAAUAAAAUCUAACAAAAUGACUUUUUGUAGAGUAAAACUGAAAGAGAAAUUUUUGCAAAUCUAGCAUAGCUCUUAGCAAACUAUCCCGCAUUUCUAUCAUAAAUCUUGAUAUUGACCUCUGCAGAUGUCCUUCUGUGACUAACUGAAUUACUUUGCAUGUUAAGUUGUAUCAAAUUGUGUAAAAAGAUUAUUCUAAAAUUGUACCAUUCAUUGAUUGAGUUUAGUUUUAUAAAAAGUAAUUAUUGGAAUUGGAGCUCCAUUACUUCACAGGUCUGUGGUGUAAAGUUUAUGCGAAACAAUGAAAAUAAAAUAAAAAAUUUUUCGCCUUAACUUUGGUGUAUCAUGCAAAAAGACUUGUGAAAAGACUAAAAUGUCUUUUAAAAAAUUUAAUACUUUUUCUUUUUAUCACAAGUAUUAUUGAUACUUAAGAGACAGACAUUGUUCUAAAGGAGGAUAAAACAGGGAAACUCUAGACUUGAACUUACUGAUCAAUUAACAUUUUAGAAAUCUUAAUAUAACAAACAAUAAGCACCACAGUAAGAGCGUUGACAGACUGCAACACCAAACAUUUACACAUUUUAAGCUUGUUUGAGUCACAUUUAAAAGCAAGCAAACCAAAAUCGCUAUUUCUUGCAACAUUUCAUUUCUUCAAUGUAAGGUUAACAGGCUGCUUAGUUUCGAUGUUCAACAUUUCCAACAAACAUUUGUCAUACGGUGCUUGAGUUUUUCUACAAUACCCAAACUCUUGAUUGUUAUGAUCCAAGCAGGUCCAGUACUUAGUAAACUCUUCGUGGCAGUUUUCCUUUAACUUCUUGAAGAACGUCAAUGCACACUUCGAUACAAGCUUCCCCUCUUCGAGGCACUGUCUCGGGUCUUUGGUGACAUAACGGCAUCCCAUAAAAUCUUUGAAGUCCUCGUCACAAAAUUUACCAAGGGCAUGAGAAGCGGCUGUUAAAACAGCAGAUGUAGCUUCGACUUCUUUAAUUUCCAAAUCUUUUGAGUCUAUACCAAGUACAUCUGCCAUUGUAGAGGCUUACUGUCGGGUUACAGCAAUGGAGUUAGAAAGUUGAUUAAACAAUUCUUGAUCAGGUUAGGCCAACUCCGAAAAGCCUCUUUCCCAAAGUGAGGCGGACGUUCAGCGUCUCAAAGGUCACACAACAUUUGUUGUGAUUUCGAGAUGUCAUCUAUCCAGAGGAGGAGACAGAGAUCGCCAUUUCUGUCGAUUGUACAGAAAAUACCCCCGAGUAAGAACC